GGACGGUUUGGGAUUUCAGCCUUGAUCGAGCUUCUCUGAAAGUGCCUGAGGAUCUGAGCAGCGGCCAUGUUUUACAGUCGCCUGCUGUUUUCGGUGUACAUCCUCACCUUCCUGAUGGGGGUCCCCACCAACAUCCUGUCCUUCGUCACCCUCUGCAAGAAGGUGUGUCGCAAGGCGGCGCCCAUUGAUGUGCUCCUCCUCAACCUCACUAUCUCAGACCUCAUUUUCCUGACCUUCCUGCCCUUUAAAAUGAAGGAGGCGUACGACAACAUGGCGUGGCUGAUGCCCUACCCUCUUUGCCCGCUGACUGGGUUCAUCUUCUAUGUCACCAUCUAUAACAGCACGCUGCUGCUCACAGCUGUGAGCGUGGAGCGCUACCUGGGCGUGGCCUUCCCCCUCAGGUACUCUGUGUGCCGCCGGCCUCGCUACGCCGUGUGGGCCUGCUUGAUCUUCUGGGUGGUGACCUCCUGCAACCUCAGCAUCGUCUACAUCCUGCCGUACUCCCAGUGGAGCUACAGCAGCAACGCCAGCGGGCCCGUCCCACCUCCAACCACCUGCUACCGCAACUUCUCAGAGGCUGAGCUCAAAAUUCUGCUGCCCGUUCGCCUGGAGCUUUUCCUCCUGCUCUUUUGCAUCCCCUUCAUCAUCAGCUGCUUCUGCUACGUCAACUUCAUCCUCAUUCUGUCUCGCCUACCCAACAUCAGCCGGCGGCGGAGGCUGAGGUGCAUCGGCCUGGCGCUGGGGACGCUGAUAGUCUUCGCUGUCUGCUUCGGGCCUUACAAUGCCUCCCAUGUGGUGGGAUUCAUCCAACACGAGAGCCAGGAGUGGAGGAAUCUGGCGCUGCUCUCCAGCACCCUCAACGCCUGCCUGGAUCCAUUUAUCUUCUACAUGUCGUCCACGGCGGUCAGGGGCAUGUUAAACCGCUGCUUCACGAGGAUCACGGCUAAGAUGCACAUCCUGGGGUGCAGAAGGAGGCCCGCGCCGUCGGCAGCAUCAUCUGCAGAGCAGUGAAGGAAAAAAGAACCUGACACGAGCGACAUAUUUAUGAACUUGACUUAAUGCCGUUCAUGAUGAGGAUGAAAGAAGUUCUGCAAACUGUUCUUAAACCAGUAAACCUCUAUGAAAAGCAGCUGAUUUCCCAAAUCUGGAGUUGCUGCGUUUCUAGAUAGCAAAUCCAAACUUGAAACUCUGUGGCUUUAAUGUUCUGUUCUUGGAUCCCAAACCAUUGCUCAACGUUGCCACAACAACUACCAUAAAUAAAGUUUUAAUGUAUCUGGAGAAAUCCGUUCUCCUUGCUGGUAUCCAAUGUCUUCAUGACUCGACUUCUCCGUCUUCUAAAAAGUCUUCAUGCUCCGCCUCAUUUAAUCACCAGACGGACGGCAUGUUUGCUUUCACACCAGCUGCUUGUUACCGGCAGGAAACGGCCGUAAUCCGACCAUCAUGCAGUGUUUGAAGUCCUCUGAGAGCAGAGAGAGUCGCCGUUUACAGCCGGGGCCUGAACACACCGCGGCGUAAUCUGUGUUUACACCACCUGCCGGCUGAUACGACCUCCUCAGCUUUUUAAUUGGCCAAAUCCGCUCAUAAAACCCUUUGCUUUAAUUUGAAAGGGUGACUCUGUUCCUCUUAGAAUCACAGACGGAUGUUUGGCCAGAUGUGUUUCCAGAACUUCUUCAGAAGCAAUUUUAGGAGGAAACGC